UGGGACUAACACCAAGCAAAGCAAUAAAGCAAAGCAAAACCCUUCCCUCCCCUCGUAAACCCAUCACCAAAAGCAAAAGCUAAAGAGAUCACAACCAUACCAAACCCACAAAAAGCACUCUGUAGUCAGUCUCCUUCAAAUAAAGUGUGCACUCUCCCUUUCUUAUUAAGCAAAAACAAACAAAAGAUGAAGCAGAAGAUCCCACUUACAUACUCUGCAGUAUUAUUCACCAUAACCUCUCACUCUCACAACUCUUCCUCACGUUUCCCACCAACCCUUUUCACCAUUUCAUCAAAAUGUCAGAAAUUGUUCCCGCAGACCCUACCAUUGAGCCGCAGCGAACGGACGGUGCACUUGUAAUUGAUCAUGCUGCUGCUAGUAGUAGUAGUGGUGGUGGUGGUACUGGACCUGAGCCUUUUGAUAGUGAGAGGUUGCCUUCCAGUUUGUCUAGGGAAAUUCAAAAGUUUCUUCGUGUUGCUAAUUUGAUUGAAAGCGAGGAGCCUCGUAUUGCUUAUAUUUGUCGGUUUCGAGCUUUUGAAAUAGCACAUGGCAUGGAUAGAAAUUCAAGUGGACGGGGUGUUCGCCAAUUUAAAACGUCUCUCCUUCAGCGACUUGAACAAGACGAAUAUACUACCUUAAUAAGACGGAAGGAGAAGAGUGAUACGCGUGAGCUCAGACGUGUUUACCAUGCAUACAAGGAGUGUAUCAAAAGUGGUGGAGCGUUUGAUUUGGAUGGCAGUCACAGAAAGAGGUUGACAAAUGCACAAAUGAUUGCUUCUGUACUGUUUGUAGUAUUAAAAGCGGUAACAAAUGCUGCUGGAACCCAGGCCCUUGCUGACACAGAUAGUAUUCAUGCCAAAUCUGAGCACUAUGUACCAUAUAACAUUCUUCCUCUAGAUCAAGGAGGUAUUCAGCACACAAUUAUGCAACUCCCUGAGAUUAAAGUUGCUGUGGCAGCUGUUUGUGACAUUCGAGGCUUACCUUCAGCCGAGGAUUUGGGGAAACGUGAGCCUUUCAUGGAUUUGUUUGAAUUUCUAGAAUUUUUCUUUGAGUUUCAGGAAGGAAAUGUUGCCAACCAGAGAGAGCAUCUAAUUCUACUGCUUGCUAGCACCCAUAUUAGGCAGUCUCCCAAGCAGACAUCUAUUAAUAAGCUUAGAGAUGCAGCUGUGGAUGAACUGAUGAAGAAAGUUUUUAAAAAUUACACUAAUUGGUGUAAAUUUUUGGGGAGAAAUAGCAGCAUCAAGUUGCCAUAUGUGAAGCAGGAAGCUCAACAAUACAAAAUUUUAUAUAUUGGACUUUACCUUCUUAUUUGGGGGGAGGCAGCAAACUUGCGGUUUAUGCCUGAGUGUUUAUGCUAUAUCUUUCACCAUAUGGCAGAUGAAUUGCAUGACCUGCUAAUUCGAAAGAAAUUCACAACAACAUACAAAGGAGGGUUUGAGUCUUUCCUGAUAAAUGUAGUUACCCCGAUAUACAAGGUUAUAUAUGAGGAAACUCGGAAAAGCAAAAACGGGACAGCUGAUCAUUCUACAUGGAGAAACUACGAUGAUUUGAAUGAGUAUUUCUGGUCUCGUGAUUGUUUCCAAAUAGGUUGGCCUAUGCGUCUGGAUCAUGAUUUCUUUUGUUUCGAGUCUUUAAAGAAACCCAAACGUAAGAAUAUUAUAGAAGAAAACAGAAAGAGAGAAGAAAACAAGGAUGAAGAAAUGGGAUUAAACGAGGAUGAAGAACCAGGGGCUACUGUUCAAGAAAUACACGAACCAAAAUGGCAGGGAAAGAAAAAUUUUGCAGAGAUUCGCUCGUUUUGGCAGAUUUUUAGGAGCUUUGAUAGAAUGUGGAGCUUUUUUAUUCUAUCCCUUCAGGCAAUGAUAAUUAUGGCUUGCCAUGAUUUGGGGUCCCCACUUGAAAUGCUCGAUGCAGUAGUAUUUGAGGACAUCAUGAGCAUCUUCAUUACAUCUGCUAUUCUUAAACUUGUACAAGCAAUUCUUGACAUUGUCUUUACAUGGAAAACAAGACUCACGAUGGAUAUUUUGUCAAGAAGGAAACAAGUGCUGAAGCUGUUAGUUGCAGUCAUAUGGACUAUUGUUCUACCUGUAUUUUAUGCUAAAUCUAAGAGGAAGUAUACUUGUUAUUCCACACAAUAUAGAAGCUGGCUAGGGGAGCUGUGUUUUUCUUCCUAUAUGGUUGCAGUUGCAAUUUUCCAUAUGACUAAUGCAGUUGAGAUGGUCCUAUUUUUUGUUCCUGCGAUUCACAAGUACAUUGAGGUCUCGAAUUGUCAGAUAUUCAAAAUAUUUUCCUGGUGGACACAGCCAAGAUCAUAUGUUGGACGUGGGAUGCAAGAAACCCAAGUUUCGGUUCUCAAAUAUACAGUAUUUUGGGUGCUGGUAUUAUUGACCAAAUUUUUAUUCAGCUAUAGUUUUGAGAUCAAACCACUCAUUGGACCAACAAGACUAAUCUUGAAAAUAGGUGUGGAAAAUUAUGACUGGCAUGAGCUUUUCCCAAAAGUGAAAAGCAAUGUUGGUGCACUUAUGGCUAUAUGGGCUCCAAUUAUAGUUGUGUAUUUCAUGGACACACAGAUUUGGUAUUCUGUUUUCUGCACAAUUUUUGGAGGACUCUAUGGCAUUUUAAAUCAUCUUGGUGAGAUUCGAACAUUGGGGAUGCUGAGAAGUAGAUUUCAUGCUUUGCCUUCUGCAUUCAAUGCUUGCUUGAUCCCAACUUCAGCAAAAAGUGAUCAGAAAACAAGAAGAAAUUUCUUUCUCCGGAGAUUUCGUAAGGUUUCUGAAAAUGAAACAAAUGGUGUUGCCAAGUUUGCUUUCGUAUGGAACCAAAUAAUCAAUACUUUCCGGCUAGAGGACUUGAUAAGCAACUGGGAGAUGGAUUUGAUGACAAUUCCUAUGUCUUCAGAGUUAUUUUCUGGCAUGGUUCGUUGGCCUAUUUUCCUCCUGGCAAACAAGUUUUCAACAGCACUGAGCAUUGCAAGAGAUUUUGUGGGGAAGGAUGAGAUUCUUUUCAGAAAAAUUAAAAAAGACAAGUACAUGUAUUGUGCUGUGAAGGAGGGCUAUGAGUCACUCAAGUAUGUCCUUGAAAUGCUCAUUGUAGGCGAUCUGGAGAAAAGAGUUGUAUCCAGCAUACUAAAUGAAAUUGAAGAAAGCAUGGAAAGGUCAAGUCUUCUUGAGGAUUUCAAGAUGAGUGAGCUUCCAGCCUUGAAAGCAAAAUGUAUUCAGUUGGUUGAACUUCUGCUGGAGGGAAAUGAAAAUCAAAACGGUAAUGUUGUGAAAGUUCUCCAAGAUAUGUUUGAGCUUGUGACCUACGAUAUGAUGACAGAUGGUUCCAGAAUAUUGGAUUUGGUCUACUCUUCCCGACAGAAUGUUGAGCGGACAGAAGAGAAUUUAGUUGAUCUUUCCAGAAGAAUUGAACCACAAUUAUUUGAAUCAGCUACUGACAGGACUUCUAUCCAUUUUCCGUUGCCAGAUAGUGGCACUUUCAAUGAACAGAUCAGGCGUUUCCUUUGGCUGCUUACAGUCAAUGACAAGGCAAUGGACAUACCUGCAAACUUAGAGGCUCGGAGACGUAUUUCAUUCUUUGCUACUUCACUCUUCACUGAUAUGCCCGUUGCUCCUAAUGUGCGGAAUAUGCUAUCUUUCAGUGUUUUAACUCCACACUUCAAGGAGGAUGUUAUUUAUUCAAUGGAUGAACUUCAUUCAAGCCAGGACAGGGUUCCCAUCUUAUUUUACAUGCGGAGUAUUUAUCCAGAUGAGUGGGAAAAUUUCAUGGAACGCAUGGGAUGUGAAAAUCCAGAUGAACUAAAAGGUGAAAAAAUGAUUUCAGAGCUCAGAAACUGGGCUUCUUUCCGUGGCCAAACAUUGAGUAGAACAGUUAGAGGAAUGAUGUACUAUAGAGAAGCCUUAAGAGUUCAAGCAUUUCUUGAUAUGGCUGACAAUGAAGAUAUUCUUGAAGGUUAUGACGGUGCGGAAAAAAAUAAUCCUACAUUAUUUGCUCGGUUAGAUGCACUAGCAGACUUGAAAUUCACUUAUGUCAUUUCAUUUCAAAUGUUUGGAUCACAAAAGUCCUCUGGAGAUCCCCAUGCACAAGACAUACUUGACUUGAUGAAAAGGUACCCCUCUGUCCGUGUUGCUUAUGUUGAGGAGAAAGAAGAGAUAGUGGAACAUAAACCUCAGAAGGUUUAUUCUUCUAUAUUGGUUAAAGCUGUCGAUGCUCUUGAUCAGGAAAUUUACCGAAUAAAACUUCCUGGACCACCAAAUAUUGGAGAAGGGAAACCAGAAAAUCAAAAUCAUGCCAUAAUCUUUACACGUGGUGAAGCUCUUCAAACAAUCGAUAUGAACCAGGAUAAUUAUUUGGAAGAAGCUUUCAAAAUGCGGAACCUCUUACAAGAAUUUCUUCGGCAGCAAGGACGGCGACCUCCGACUAUACUUGGUUUGAGGGAACACAUAUUCACUGGAAGUGUCUCAUCUCUAGCUUGGUUCAUGUCAUAUCAAGAGGCAAGCUUUGUCACCAUUGGUCAAAGGCUUCUUGCAAAUCCUCUCAGGGUAAGGUUCCAUUAUGGGCACCCAGAUGUAUUUGACAGGUUGUUUCACAUCACAAGGGGUGGCAUAAGCAAAGCAUCAAAAACAAUAAACUUAAGUGAGGAUGUAUAUGCAGGAUUCAAUUCUAUAUUAAGACGGGGAUGCAUAACUUACCAUGAGUACCUGCAAGUUGGAAAAGGUCGCGAUGUAGGUCUAAAUCAAAUCUCGAAGUUCGAAGCCAAAGUAGCAAAUGGAAACAGUGAACAAACAAUAAGCCGUGACAUACACCGACUUGGACGCUCUUUUGAUUUUUUCCGGAUGCUAUCUUGUUACUUUACAACCACUGGGUUUUACUUCAGUAACCUGAUUUCAGUAAUUGGAAUUUAUGUGUUCCUCUACGGUCAGCUAUACCUUGUCCUAAGCGGUCUACAAAAGGCAUUCCUACUUGAGGCUAGAGUUCAUAACAUACAAUCAUUGGAAACAGCUCUUGCCUCCCAAUCAUUUAUCCAGCUUGGGCUUCUAACUGGCUUACCGAUGGUGAUGGAGAUAGGACUUGAGAAAGGAUUUCUCACAGCCAUCAAAGAUUUUGUCCUCAUGCAAUUGCAACUAGCCGCUGUUUUCUUCACCUUCUCACUAGGGACAAAAAUUCAUUAUUAUGGUCGAACAAUGUUACAUGGGGGUGCUAAGUACCGGCCAACUGGGCGCAAGGUGGUGGUAUUCCAUGCCAGCUUCACUGAGAUUUAUAGAUUAUAUUCACGAAGCCACUUUAUUAAAGGAUUUGAGCUAGUACUCCUUUUGAUUGUCUAUGAUUUGUUUAGACGGUCCUACCAGAGCAGCAUGGCAUACGUCUUAAUCACUUAUUCCAUUUGGUUCAUGUCGAUCACUUGGUUGUUUGCACCAUUUCUGUUUAAUCCUGCUGGAUUUGAUUGGGAAAAUAUAGUAGAUGACUGGAAAAAUUUGAAUAAGUGGAUCAGGCUGCCAGGUGGUAUAGGAAUUCAGCAAGAUAAAAGUUGGCAGUCAUGGUGGAAUGAUGAGCAGGCCCAUCUUUGCGGUUCAGGAUUGGGUGCUAGGCUGUUUGAAAUACUUCUCUCUGCUCGGUUCUUUAUGUACCAGUAUGGUUUGGUGUAUCACCUCGACAUCUCCCAAAAGAGCAAAAAUGUCCUAGUUUACAUUCUGUCAUGGUUUGUGAUUUUGGCUGUUUUUCUCUUAGUCAAGGCUGUGAACAUGGGAAGGCAACAGUUCAGUACUAAUUACCACCUAGCUUUCAGGUUUUUCAAAGCAUUCCUCUUCAUUGCUGUUCUGGCUAUUAUCAUUAUUCUGUCCAGCGUUUGCGACCUAUCAAUGAAGGACUUGAUUGUCUGCUGUCUAGCAUUUUUACCCACUGGAUGGGGCUUGAUAUUGAUUGCACAGGCUGCAAGGCCUAAGAUUGAGGAGACUGGAUUGUGGCAUUUCACCAGUGUUCUUGCCAGGGCAUAUGAUUAUGGAAUGAGCGUGGUUCUUUUUGCUCCUGUAGCAGUUUUAGCAUGGCUUCCAACCGUAUCAAACUUCCAGACUCGUUUUCUUUUCAACGAGGCCUUCAACAGGCACUUGCAGAUCCAGCCAAUUCUUGCUGGGAAGAAGAUGAAGCAGACAUAAUUCUUUUGAUAUCCCAAUCUGUUCAUACCAUAUUUGUACAGUCUUUUGCAGUGCAAUUAAGAAACACAUUUAAAUUCAUGCUUUAUAUAUAAUAGAAUUGUCCAGGAAAAAUCAUAAAGAGUAGGAGAAAAGUAGAUGUGUGUGUGAGAGAGAUAACACAUAUUCUUAACUUAAUAAAAUCAAAGAAAGUUCGCAGAGGG